CGAACUCAAAACUAAACUGAAAUACAAAAGCAAUUUUUGAAAAAAAUUGCGCAAGUGCAAAAAGUGUGUGUGUGUGUUAUUAUUAUCCUGCUUAAAGUUGUGUCUAUUAAAUCGCCAAAAUUACGCCCCACAUCGGUAUGCAAUCGUCGGAGGGUUCGCCAGAUAUGAUGGAUCAAAAAUACAACAGUGUACGGCUGUCGCCAGCUGCAUCGAGUCGCAUUCUGUACCAUGUGCCGUGCAAGGUCUGCCGGGAUCACAGCUCGGGCAAGCACUACGGCAUAUAUGCCUGUGAUGGCUGCGCGGGCUUCUUCAAGCGCAGCAUCCGUCGCUCCCGCCAGUACGUGUGCAAGUCACAGAAGCAGGGACUCUGCGUCGUGGACAAGACGCAUCGCAAUCAGUGCCGCGCCUGCCGUCUGCGCAAGUGCUUCGAGGUGGGCAUGAACAAGGAUGCAGUGCAGCAUGAGCGCGGACCACGCAACUCAACGCUGCGCCGUCACAUGGCCAUGUACAAGGAUGCAAUGAUGGGCGCCGCUGAGAUGCCGCAGAUACCGCCAGAGAUACUUAUGAAUACGGCCGCCUUGGCUGGAUUUCCCGGCCUGCCCAUGCCCAUGACGGGCGUGCAGCGUAGUCAUCAUCAUGCCGCACUAAGCGCCGCCUUUCAGCCACCACCGCCCGCCAACGUGCUCGAUCUGUCCGUGCCGCGUGUGCCGCAUCAUCCUGUGCACCAGGGCCACCAUGGCUUCUUCUCACCCACCGCCGCCUACAUGAAUGCGCUGGCUACUCGGGCGUUGCCGCCGACGCCGCCGCUGAUGGCCGCCGAGCAUAUUAAGGAGACUGCUGCAGAGCAUCUGUUCAAGAAUGUGAACUGGAUCAAGAGUGUGCGCGCCUUCACCGAGCUGCCCAUGCCCGACCAGCUGCUGCUGCUGGAGGAGUCCUGGAAGGAGUUCUUCAUUCUGGCCAUGGCCCAGUAUCUGAUGCCCAUGAACUUCGCCCAGCUGCUGUUCGUCUAUGAGUCGGAGAAUGCCAAUCGCGAGAUUGUGACCAUUGUUGCCCGCGAGGUGCACGCCUUCCAGGACGUGCUCAACCAGCUGUGCCAUCUGAAUAUCGACAGCACGGAAUACGAGUGUCUGCGCGCCAUCUCCCUGUUCCGCAAGUCGCCGCCCGCGGCUAGCUCCACCGAAGAUCUGGCCAAUAGCUCCAUUUUGACCGGCAGCGGCAGCCCCAACUCCAGUGCCUCGGCUGAGUCUCGUGGCCUGCUGGAGUCCAGCAAGGUGGCGGCUAUGCACAAUGAUGCCCGCAACGCGCUGCACAACUACAUCUCACGCACGCAUCCCAACCAGCCGCUGCGCUUCCAGACGCUGCUCGGCGUGGUCUCGCUGAUGCACAAGGUGUCCAGCUUCACCAUCGAGGAGCUGUUCUUCCGCAAGACCAUCGGCGAUAUCACCAUUGUGCGCCUCAUUUCGGACAUGUACAGUCAGCGUAAGAUCUGAGUCCAAGUUGGGCCGACUCGAAUUGCCGUCGGCAAGACCGCGUCCGCGCACUUGAAGUGCCUUCGUAGUGCUGGAAACUGUGAUAUCUGAAGUUUGGAGUUGGAGUUGGGGGUAACACUGGCUGAGACAGUGACUGAGACGGUGACUGUGACAGUGACAGUGACAAUGACAGUGACCAUUGGACAAUAUUUAACAGUGAACUGCUGCAGAUAGCUUACAAAUCUCUCGGAUCUGAGCCUUAAAAUGUAUUCGUUAUACGUAAAUCAAUUCAGAACGUGAUUCAAAUCGCAUUCAGAAAAGUUGAAACUUUUUGUUGUCUAGCCUUAAGUUGCAUUAGUAUUUAAGUGCAUAUCAUAUGUUUAAUAAAAUUAGCAUAGAAAACAUACAAAAAAAAAAACACAUAUUCAAAUAUACAUAUAGCUAAAGCUUUUGGAAACAACAACAA